AGUAAAAGCCAGUCCCCCCCCCGCCCGCCGAUGGUCAACAACAGCCCGCAUGGUGAGGGAACCUAAGAGGGAAAAACGACUUGAGCGGUGCGGAGAAGCGGCAGACAUGAAGCAAGAAAUCGCGGCCGUGGUGUUUUUCGUCAAGAGGCUCCUGAAGAAGGGAGGCAAGCUGGAGUCGCAGAGGAUCGAGCUGUUCGUGGACCGACUGGCCGUGGCGCUGCGUGAGAAAUUCAGGGGGCACUGGUACCCCGACAACCCGAGCCGGGGCCAGGCGUUCAGAUGCAUCAGAGUAAACAGGUUCCAGAGGCAGGAUCCAGAGCUUCUGCAGGCCUGCCAGGAGAGUGGGGUUGAGUACAGUGACUUGGGGCUGCCCCGAGAACUGACCCUGUGGGUUGAUCCAGGGGAGGUCUGUUGCAGAUAUGGAGAGCAGAACCCGUCUUUCUCCGUGGCCAGUUUCUCAAGCGAUGAUGAGAAAGACAAAGAUGUCACAAAGAAGGUCGCCAGUGCUUUGGAGAGGGUGACGUCAGACUACCACUCGGGUUCCUCCUCCGAUGAGGAGACUACACUCAGGGAAACCUCCUCUUCUCCCUCCCCGCUUACAACUCCCCGCAGUUGCUGCACUCACCAGAUGAACCCAGCCGCGCCCACAUGGAAUCCCAAGAAGACGGUGGCAGCUAAAGUUCCCGUUCCUGCGCGGCCCCGCUAUGGCUUUCGGUUGCGAGGCAGACUUCACCAGGACUUAAGACACGACGUGUGGGUUCCGCCUGGCUACAGAGGAGGGCCGGGAUACUGAGACGGCAACCAGAUCCUAGCUCGCUGUCGCAGCUAGGAUCUGCGGUGACACUAAGUUCAAACGGGGCAUUUAGGGAACAAAAAUGGAAGUAACCAUUGUGAUCACUGAUCAUUUUUUAAAGAGAACUGAAAUAGUUAAAUUUUGACUUAUUGACAAUAACUAUUCUGUGCACUUUAGACCAUUUGUAAUAGUGUGAGUAAAGUAAAUGAAUUGUAAUAAAUUAGGCAUAUUAGUCUUAUUUAGCCUUGUAAUAAGUACUGUAUUUUUAUGAUGGGAGAACUACAUGUAUGCCACCUACCGUCCAUUUGUUAGUGUUUUAUUUAUUCAUAAUGUAGAAUUAUGAAAUGUAUUGGCUAAGUUAUGUUUAUUAAACACCAUUUCA